AUGGUACGGCCGCCUUUCACGACAGUGCCGCCUUGCUUUACGGCUGCUAACUUUGUCUGCGGUCUGAGCUACAAUAACGUGGAGGCAUCCUCCUACUACGCGCAAUUAUGAGGCAGAAGAGGAAAGGUGCAAGGAGAAAACUGGGACGAGGCGGAGAUUUCAGCACUGCUGAGCUGAUGAUGCUGACGAUAGGAGAGGUUAUCAAGCAGCUGAUUGAGGCCCAUGAACAGGGGAAAGACGUCGAUCUAAAUAAGCUGAAAACCAAGAUAGCUUCCAAGUAUGGCCUUUCGUCCCAGCCCCGCCUGGUGGAUAUCAUCGCUGCAGUCCCUCCCUUCUAUCGAAAGGCCUUGAUUCCCAAGCUAAAGGCAAAACCCGUCAGGACUGCCAGUGGGAUUGCUGUUGUGGCUGUGAUGUGCAAACCCCACAGAUGUCCACACAUCAGUUUUACAGGGAAUAUAUGUGUAUACUGCCCUGGAGGACCUGACUCAGAUUUUGAGUACUCAACCCAGUCUUACACAGGCUAUGAGCCAACUUCCAUGCGAGCUAUCCGUGCUAGAUAUGAUCCUUUUCUGCAAACAAGACACCGGAUAGAGCAGCUGAAGCAGCUUGGUCACAGUGUGGAUAAGGUGGAGUUCAUCGUGAUGGGGGGAACAUUCAUGGCCCUUCCAGAAGAAUACAGAGAUUAUUUUAUCCGAAGUUUGCAUGAUGCUUUAUCCGGCCACACUUCAAACAAUAUUUAUGAGGCAAUCAAGUAUUCUGAGAGAAGCCUCACAAAGUGUGUUGGAAUUACAAUUGAGACCAGACCUGAUUAUUGCAUGAAGCGGCACCUAAGCGACAUGUUGACGUACGGAUGCACGAGGCUGGAGAUCGGGGUGCAGAGUGUCUAUGAAGAUGUGGCCAGAGACACCAACAGGGGCCACACUGUGAAGGCGACAUGUGAAUCAUUCCACCUGGCCAAAGACUGUGGUUUUAAAGUGGUGGCUCAUAUGAUGCCUGACCUGCCGAACGUGGGACUAGAAAGAGACAUUGAGCAGUUUAUAGAAUUUUUUGAGAACCCUGCUUUUCGUCCUGAUGGUUUGAAGCUGUAUCCUACCCUGGUGAUCCGUGGAACUGGGCUGUAUGAGCUGUGGAAAUCAGGAAGAUACAGGAGCUAUUCUCCCAGUGACCUGGUCGAGCUGGUGGCUCGGAUCCUAGCCCUCGUGCCCCCAUGGACUCGUGUGUACCGAGUGCAAAGAGACAUCCCGAUGCCCCUUGUCAGCUCAGGGGUAGAGCAUGGCAACCUGCGAGAGCUGGCAUUCGCGCGAAUGAAAGACCUUGGAAUACAGUGCCGAGAUGUGAGAACCAGGGAGGUUGGAAUCCAAGAAAUUCAUCACAAAGUCCGGCCAUACCAGAUUGAGUUGGUACGGAGAGAUUAUGUUGCCAAUGGCGGCUGGGAAACCUUCCUGUCCUAUGAAGAUCCUGAUCAGGACAUUCUGAUUGGCCUUCUGAGGCUACGGAAGUGCUCUGAGGAGACCUUCCGAUUUGAAUUGGGUGGAGGCGUUUCCAUAGUCCGAGAGCUACAUGUGUAUGGAAGUGUAGUCCCCGUGAGCAGCCGGGAUCCCUCUAAAUUUCAGCAUCAGGGGUUCGGCAUGCUGCUGAUGGAGGAAGCAGAAAGAAUAGCUCUGGAAGAGCAUGGAUCGGGGAAAAUCGCAGUUAUAUCAGGGGUUGGCACCCGGAACUACUACCGAAAGAUUGGCUACAGGUUGCAAGGCCCCUACAUGGUAAAGAUGCUAAAAUAGUGGCCGCAGCAUCCUCCCUGGCAGAAGACCAAAAGUAGGGUCUCUUGAAUACCCAGCAGAGGCUGAGCAAGUAGAUGGACCUGCAUGUCCCGUGCAUCCCACCCCCAAGUGAAGUCCUCUGCCCUCCCUGUGACUGCUAGCUCCCGGCUCUAGCCUCUGCUACCUUCCCUCCUUGUGCCCAUGGAGUCACUUCUGGCUUUUAGGCUUACACGAUUUCCCAGUUUCUAAAUUCUGCAUGAAGGCUGCAGGUGGCCCAUUUGGGCUCAGACACUGUGGCAAAAGCAAAUCACCUCCUUUGGCCAUCAUCACCUGUGAUUGUCAUCUGAGGGGCAGCCUCAGGAGAAGAUGAUUUAUAUACUGGGAAGAUGAAAGCCGACCGCAGCACAGAAAAGCUGUGGACAGAACUCUCUGCCCUUUAACCACAGGCACGUUCACCCUGGGAUGGAGAAAAUGAGAUUUGCACUGGGAAUCAUUUGGUGACUGUGCUCAUGUCUUGAAUUGGGCUGUGUUUAGGAAAAGAAGAGCUGAGGUUGUGGGUUGUAUUGAUAAGCUUGGCGCCAGCCAUCACCAGCCUUCCUGUCAGGGGCCUGCCCUGACCCUGGCUGUCACAGAAGCCUUUGUCUCACACCCACACCCCUGACAUCGCAGGGUGGCAUGAGCUACCUCCCGUGUGCCGGACUAGCUCUGCGCCAACCAGCUCUUCUGUCCAGGGGGACAUGGUCCAGUGUGCAUAGCCAGAGCCUCAGGGCCCUGAUCAAGACUAGUCCAUCCUCAGAAGUGUCUCUCUGCAUGCUAAUCCUGUAGGUGGGUGUUGACAGUACUGUGUGGAAACAGUAGGAAUUUGACUAGUGUGUGGAAGCAGACCAGACUGACCUGCGCAGAGGGAUGGUGAGCCUCCCUGGCUCCUUCAUCCAGCUAGUUCACUGAGGAGUGUAGGCUCUGAGCCUGCCUCACCUGGGCAUCUGCCAUUUCCAGCAGUGUUUAAUGAAAGCUGUUCUCUGAAAGGUCUGGAAAAUAAAGUCUGUAGCAUAAAA